AUGCGACGAGGCUGCUUCGGUAAGGACUUUCUGCUGGGCCCAGUGAAGGGCAAGCGGUGCCAAGGACGACCACCCAGGUCUUGCAAUAAAUUACAUGGAAUUAUUAUACAUCGCAAGAAUUUAUUUCUGAGACUAAUUCGGGACAAGCAACUACCGACGUCUACCAGACCAUUCGCUCGAGCGAAGGAAUUCUUCGUGAUAAGUUUUCGCUUUUUCCCUUUCUUUUUUUUCUCUUUCUUUCUCACUCUCUUUUUCUGUCUCACUCUUUCUCUAUUUCUUUCUUUCUCUAUCAUUUGCUCUCUGUUUCUAUCUUCUCUGUCACUUUCUCUUUCGUCACUCGCUCCCCCCCAUCUCUUUUUCUUUCUCCCUUUAUUUCCCACUUUCUUUCUACCUUUCUUUCGCUCUCUCCAUCUCUGUCUUAAUUUAUCCUUUUGUCUGUCUCUCUCUUCCUCUCCCACCCCACUCUUUCACGUUCUCUUUUCUUAUCUCUCUACUAUCUCUUCUUCUAUCGCUUUUUUCUCUCUCUCUCUCUCUCUCUCUCUCUCACACACACACACACACACUCUCUCAUUCUCUUUGUUCCUUCCUUUCACUCUGUCAUUUUCGCCCCUUUUCUCUCUCUGUCUCGUUCUCUCUUUCUCUCUAUAUUUCUCCCCCACCCCACUCUUUCAUGUUCUGUCUUCUUAUCUCUCUACUAUCUCUUCUUCUAUCGCUUUUUUCACUCUCUCUCUCUCUAUCUCUCUCACUCUCUCAUUCUCUUUUUUCCUUCCUUUCACUCUGUCAUUUUCGCCCCUUUUCUCUCUCUGUCUUGUUCUUUCUCUCUAUAUUUCUCCCCCACCCUACUCUUUCAUGUUCUCUCUUCUUAUCUCUCUACUAUCUCUUCUUCUAUCACUUUUUUCACUUUCCCUCUCUCUUCUUCCUUCCUUCCUUUCUCUCUCUCUCUCUCUCACUCUCUUUACUCUUCCAUUCUGUCUCUCUAUCUAUCUCUCACUCUUUACUCUCCCUUCCACUUUCCUUUUCCCUCUAUCUCUCUCCUAUAUCUUUACACUCCCUCCCACUCUCUCUCUUUCCCUUAAUCGUCCUUCCCUUCUCUUUCUCUUUAUUCUCCCUUGCACUCACUCACUUUCCUCUCACUUCCUCUCUAUCCCUUUCUCUCCCACUCUCACUAUCUCUAUUCCCACUUCCACUCUCUCGCUUUUUCUCUACUCGCCAUUCCUUUCUCUUGCCUUUUAUUACCCUUUACUUUACCUCACAUUACUCUCACUUCCUCUCUAUCUCUUUCUCUCUCCUUCCCCUCCCACAAUCUCAUUAUCCCUAUUCUCCUUCCUACCAUCCGUCCUUCAUUUCUCUUUCCCUUUAAUCUCCCUUAUUCUCCUUAAUUUUUAUUUUUUUAUUUAUUUUUUUUCUUUCUCUCUCUCUCUCUCUCUCUCUCUCUCUCUCUCUCUCUCUCUCUCUCUCUCUCUCUCUCUCUCUCUCUCUCUCUCUCUCUCAGAGCUCUCUCUCUCUUUCUCUCUCUCUCUCUCUCUCUCAGUUUCUCUCUUUCUCUCUCUCUUUCUUUUCUCUCUCGUAUAUAAACAAGAAAAAAACUCUCUCUCUCUUUCUCCUCUCUCUCUCUCUCUCUCUCUCUCUCUCUCUCUCUCUCUCGAAGAAUAA